AUGAUCUCUUCCCAAAAACCUACUACUCCCAUCCCAAAGACACAUCCCCAUCCUUGCCCGUUCCCCUCGUCUCUGCCCGAACUCAUUCAGUCACUUCCGGACGACGUUAAACUUCAAAUCGUUGAUACCCUCUCCACCUCCUCCUUCCAAAACCUCAAAACACUUACUCGCUUAUCGCAAGACUCCUACGAUCGAUAUGCUCCAAUGCUGUACAAGAGAUUACACAUCAAAUCGUACGAUGUGCCCAUCAAGAUGAAGUUGAUGAACCCGAGAUAUCGCAAAGGGUAUCAUCCAUUCACCGAAGAGGAUGAAAACGCCUAUAAGAGAUGCAAGGAAAGGAGAAUGGGAAUCAUGGGGUAUUGUGAAUCUCUCAGAUUUGUCAAUGAAAAUGAUAUCAGAGCGACUUUGGGUUCAGUAUGCGGAUUCUCUGAUCAUCGGGAGAUCCCACGAAGUGAUGAGGGGAGUAAUGGCCCAAAGGUUUUUGCCAAUGUCAAAUAUCUCAGAUUUCAAGGAAGAUGUUCGGUUAUGAAUUCUGAGAUUGGUUAUAAAGAUAAUAACAAGGUAUACUCGUCAAAGCUUCUAUGGAAGAUGUUGAAUCCGACUCAUAUUCGUAUAGAUCACUCACCAAGCUCCGAAGAUUUCUUGGCACUCGCCUUUUCAACUUUGGAAUAUUGUGGGUACUUACGAUCAAACGAUACUCAUUGGACCAACAUCUCUUCUGUAACUUUACAUAGUAUCGUACAUGGUGUAGUUCAAUUCAACCAGAAAGUGGAUCAAAGAAUUUUCUUCAAGGCGAUUGAUCAAUCUCGACCUCAACGUCAACCUCGACGUGAUCAUCGGCAGAUGGUAUUGAACGAAGGUGAUUUCACCAUUUUAGGUGUACUCUCAAGAACAAGUGACGAUAAUACGACAAAGAAGAUCGAAAUUCUCAAUUGUCCGAAUAAUUGGAAUGAUGUCUUGCUCGAUCGCCAACUAGAAGGAUUAAGUCCUAUCGAUGGAGUCAUCGAGGUUUUCGGUAGUGAAGAAGGUGAAGCUCGUGUCUGUUGUGGGAGAAGAUAG